AGCUCGCUCCUGAGCCAAGCCGGCUCCAUCCAGACUCCGGGCAGCCUGCACCCUGGCCUGGCCCUGAAGAUCCCCUGCCAGGUCGGGGGCCUCCGCCCCUCCCACGCCUUGUCAAGCGCCCACCUCAGAGCAUGCCCGAGAGCCCCUGGUACUGGGGAGCUCGGAGAGGGAGCCCCCAGGCUAGAGCUGAGACCGCUCCGAGCACGGAAAGAACCCCCGCCGGAACUCCGCAGCUUCUGGAACUGGCGGCUCAGCGAGUCUCCGGGUCGUCCUUCCCUCCUGCAGCCGGCUGUGGGCAGGAAGCUUCAGAGCCCAGGGUCCGGCCUAGGCGUUCGGCAAGGGUGAGGCCUGGCGACCCCUGCGCCAGCGCGGACCCGGGCACCCAGCCUACGCCGCGGAGCAUCUGUUGCCUGGCUGCCCGACCCGCGAGCCGUGCGGCGGGAGGGCAGGGGCGUCGGAGAGGAGCAGCGCCCCCUGCGGCCGGCGUGGAGGCGGUAGGGGCUGCGCGGAGGGGGACGUUCCCCAAGGAAGGGUCCCAGGCCGCGCCCGCCCCGCGUGGGGGCAGAGCCCUGAUUUGUGCAGCAGGCGGCUUCUCCCCCGGGACGGCGAGGAGCGCGGCGGUGGCGCACUGAUGGGAGGGGACCUCGGCGGUGACCUCAGGGGCGCCCCACCCCCGGCUCCUGACACCCGGCGGGGCUCGGGCGAGGGGAGGCCGCUUGGCGGCGCCUGCCCCCGCACGCCGGGUUCAUUGGAGGCGUGACGGAACCCCCGACGCCCGGGGGCCUGGCGAGGCGCGCGCCGGGUCUGGGCGCGGGCAGGAGCGCCCUCCGCCGCCUUUAAAGCGGGCGCCCCCGGCCGCCCCCCCCCCCCAGCCCCACCCCGCGGCGCGGCCCCGCCCCCUCAUGCAUAUGCAGGUACGCGGGUGACGAAUGGGCGAGCGAGCUGUCAGUCUCGUCCCGAACUUGUUGGCUGCGGGCGCCGGGAGCGCGGGCGCGCAGAGCCGAGGCCGGGACCCGCCGCCGCCGCCGCCGCCGCUGCCGCCGCCGCCGCCGCCGCCGCCGCCGCUGCCGCCGCCGCCGCGAGGAAGGGAGCCGGGCUGGAGAACCGCUGCCUGCGAGCCGGAGCCGCCGCCGCCGCCCCGCACGCCCGCCGCCCAGGCCCGCGUCCAGGCCGGCGCCCGCAUCGCCGCCCCGACCCCGCCCGCCACCGCCGCCGCCGCCGCCGCCGCCGCUGCCGCCGCCGCCGCCGCUGCUGUUGCCGGCGCUCGGAGGGCGGGCAGGCGGGCUCGGGAGGGGCCGGCGCGGGCCGGGGCGGCGGGCGCGGCGCGGGGGGGAUCCGGGACGGCGAUGCGGGCGCAGGCCCGGGGGCGACUGCCGGGGCGGCUGCUGCUGCUGCUGGCGCUCUGCGUGCAGGCGGCACGGCCCAUGGGCUAUUUCGAGCUGCAGCUGAGCGCGCUGCGGAACGUGAACGGGGAGCUGCUGAGCGGCGCCUGCUGUGACGGCGACGGCCGGACGACGCGCGCGGGGGGCUGCGGCCACGACGAGUGCGACACGUACGUGCGCGUGUGCCUCAAGGAAUACCAGGCCAAGGUGACGCCCACGGGGCCCUGCAGCUACGGCCACGGCGCCACGCCCGUGCUGGGCGGCAACUCCUUCUACCUGCCGCCGGCGGGCGCCGCGGGGGAUCGGGCGCGGGCACGGGCCCGGGCCGGAGGCGACAAGGACCCCGGCCUCGUCGUCAUCCCCUUCCAGUUCGCCUGGCCGCGCUCCUUCACCCUCAUCGUGGAGGCCUGGGACUGGGACAAUGACACCACCCCGGAUGAGGAGCUGCUGAUCGAGCGGGUGUCGCACGCGGGCAUGAUCAACCCCGAGGACCGCUGGAAGAGCCUGCACUUCAGCGGCCACGUGGCGCACCUGGAGCUGCAGAUCCGCGUGCGCUGCGACGAGAACUAUUACAGCGCCACGUGCAACAAGUUCUGCCGGCCGCGCGACGACUUCUUCGGCCACUACACCUGCGACCAGUAUGGCAACAAAGCCUGCAUGGACGGCUGGAUGGGCCAGGAGUGCAAGGAGGCGGUGUGUAAACAGGGGUGUAAUCUGCUCCACGGGGGGUGUGCCGUGCCCGGGGAAUGCAGGUGCAGCUACGGCUGGCAGGGGCGGUUCUGCGACGAGUGCGUCCCAUACCCUGGCUGUGUCCACGGCAGCUGUGUGGAUCCCUGGCAGUGCAAUUGUGAGACCAACUGGGGCGGUCUGCUCUGCAACAAAGACCUGAACUACUGCGGCAGCCACCACCCUUGCACCAACGGGGGCACGUGCAUCAACGCCGAGCCCGACCAGUACCACUGCGCCUGUCCCGAUGGCUACUCGGGGAAGAACUGUGAGCGGGCCGAGCACGCCUGUGCCUCCGACCCGUGCGCCAAUGGGGGCUCUUGUCACGAGGUGCCCUCUGGCUUCGAAUGCCACUGCCCAUCAGGCUGGAGCGGGCCCACCUGUGCUCUCGACAUCGACGAGUGUGCCUCCAACCCCUGCGCGGCAGGGGGCACCUGCGUGGACCAGGUGGACGGCUUCGAGUGCAUCUGCCCCGAGCAGUGGGUGGGGGCCACCUGCCAGCUGGACAUCAAGGACUGUCGUGGGCAGUGUCAGCACGGUGGCAUCUGCAAAGACCUGGCGACCGGCUACCAGUGUGUGUGCCCACGGGGCUUCGGCGGCCGGCACUGUGAGCUGCAGCUGAACUCGUGUGCCAGCAACCCCUGCCAUGGUGGCCUCUGUGAGGACCUGGGGGACGGCUUCCGCUGCCGCUGCUCCAAGGGUACCUCGGGGCCGCUCUGCGAGGUAGACAUAGACUUCUGUCAGCCCAGCCCCUGCCAGAACGGAGCUCGCUGCUACAACCUGGAGGGCGACUAUUACUGCGCAUGCCCUGACGACGUGGGCGGCAAGAACUGUUCUGUGCCCAGGGAGUCGUGCCCGGGCGGGGCCUGCAGAGUGAUCGAUGGGUGCGGGUUCGAGUCGGAGUCCAGCGUGGCGGGCAGGGCCCCUUCUGGUGUAUGUGGUCCCCACGGACACUGCGUCAGCCUGCCUGGGGGCAACUUCUCCUGCGUGUGCGACAGCGGCUUCACGGGCGCCUACUGCCAUGAGAACAUCGACGAUUGCCUGGGUCAGCCGUGCCGCAAUGGGGGCACGUGCAUUGAUGAGGUGGACGCAUUCCGCUGCUUCUGCCCCAGCGGCUGGGAGGGCGAGCUCUGUGACACUAAUCCCAACGACUGCCUUCCCGAUCCCUGCCACAGCCGCGGCCGCUGCUACGACCUGGUCAACGACUUCUAUUGCGCCUGUGAUGACGGCUGGAAGGGCAAGACCUGCCACUCGCGCGAGUUCCAGUGCGAUGCCUACACCUGUAGCAACGGUGGCACGUGCUAUGACAGCGGGGACACCUUCCGCUGUGCCUGCCCCCCGGGCUGGAAGGGCAGCACCUGCAACAUAGCCGAGAACAGCAGCUGCCUGCCCAACCCCUGCGUGAACGGGGGCACCUGCGUGGGCAGCGGGGACUCCUUCUCCUGCAUCUGCCGGGACGGCUGGGAGGGCCGCACCUGCACGCACAAUACCAACGACUGCAAUCCCCUGCCUUGCUACAACGGUGGUGUCUGCGUUGACGGGGUCAACUGGUUCCGCUGCGAGUGUGCCCCUGGCUUCGCGGGUCCCGACUGCCGCAUCAAUAUUGACGAGUGCCAGUCCUCGCCUUGUGCCUACGGGGCCACAUGCGUGGAUGAGAUCAACGGCUACCGAUGCAGCUGCCCGCCAGGCCGGGCCGGCCCACGGUGCCAGGAGGUGAUUGUCUUUGGGAGGUCCUGCUGGUCACAGGGUGUACCCUUCCCACACGGGGGCUCCUGGGUGGAAGAUUGUAACAGCUGCCGCUGCGUGGACGGUCGCCGGGACUGCAGCAAGGUGUGGUGCGGGCGGAAGCCUUGCCUGCUGGCCGGCCGGCCCGACACCCUCAGCGCCCAGUGCCCGCCAGGGCAGCGGUGCCAGGAGAAGGCCCCCGGCCAGUGCCUGCAGCCACCCUGCGCGGCGUGGGGCGAGUGUGGCACCAACGAGCCCCUGCUGCCCACUACCCUGUGCUUGCCGCGCUCCAGCCACUUGGACAACAACUGUGCACGCCUCACUUUGCACUUCAAUCGCGACCAAGUGCCCCAGGGCACCACCGUGGGCGCCAUCUGCUCCGGGAUCCGCGCCCUGCCCGCCACAAGGGCGGUGGCCCGUGACCGCCUGCUGGUGCUGCUCUGUGACCGGCCGUCUUCUGGGGCCAGCGCAGUCGAGGUGGCUGUGUCCUUCAGCCCCGCGAGGGACCUGCCCGACAGCGGCCUGAUCCAGAGCACGGCGCACGCCAUCGUAGCCGCCAUCACCCAGCGGGGCAACAGCUCGCUGCUGUUGGCGAUCACCGAGGUCAAAGUGGAGACGGUGGUCGUGGGCGGCUCUUCCGUGGGUCUGCUAGUGCCGGUGCUGUGCGGCGUGUUCAGCGUGCUGUGUCUGGCGUGUGUGGUCGUUUGCGUGUGGUGGACCCGGAAGCGCAGGAAAGAGCGGGAGAGGAGCCGGCUGCCGCGGGAGGAGAGCGCCAACAACCAGUGGGCCCCUCUCAACCCCAUCCGCAACCCCAUCGAGCGGCCGGGCGUCGGCGGCCACAAAGACGCGCUGUACCCGUGCAAGAACUUCACGCCGCCGCCGCGCCGGGUGGGCGAGCUGCUGCCCGGGCCGGCGGGCUGCAGGGCAGGCGGGGGGGAGGACGACGACGACGAGGAGCCCGGCCGUGCCGAGGGUGACUGCCUGGAGGCCGAGAAGUUCCUCUCCCACAAAUUCACCAAAGACCCCAGCUGCUCGCCCGGGAGGCCGGCCCGCUGGGCCUCGGGCCCCAAAGUGGACAACCGCGCGGUCAGGAGCGCCAGUGACUCGCGCCACGCCGGCCCGGAGUAGGGCGGAGGCCAGCCCUUGGGGCGCGACCGGGACCCUUCACCGGGCGCCACACCACCCGCCAGAUGGAAGGAGGCCCAGGCCGUGUGCAUAGUUUCUUUAUUUUGUGUAAAAAAACACCAAAAACCAAAAACAAAUGUUUAUUUUCUACGUUUCUUUCACCUUGUAUAAAUUAUUCGAUGACCGUCAGGCAGAGAACAAUGGAGUAUUCUCGGAUAGUUGCUAUUUUUGUAACGUUUCUGUGUGUCGCACUCGCUGUGUGGCAGGAGAGAGCAAAGGGUGUCUGUGUCCUCACCAAAUUGUCUGUUCGUUAGCAGAGGUGGUGCACUGUUUACAGAAUCUUCCUUAUUAUUCCUCAUUUGGCGUUCUCGGUGGCUCCAGGCCAAAGAGCCAGUGGGACCUGUGGCUGUUGAUGUGGCCCAUGGCGUUGGUGGGACAACCCACGGCCGUUGGCGUGCCUCAUGGCAUUGGUGGGACCCGCGGUGACACAACGGCCCGUGGCCGUCGGUGGGACCACCCGUGGCUCUUGGCGUGGCUCGUAGUUGUUGAUAUGGCCUGAGGCUGUCCGUGGGACCCGUGGCUGUCGGUGGGACCCCCUGUGGCUGACAGCGCAGCCCGUGGUUGUCGGUGUGGCCUGAGGCUGUCGGUGGGACCCGUGAUGUGCGGCGUGGCCCGUGGCUGUCGGUGGCGCCUGUGGCGGUCAGUGGGGCUUGAGGUCAGCAGAGGCCUGCGUUCGGCAGGGCCGGGGCCCCGGGGGCAGACCCCGGUUGGCUCCCUGGCCGGCCCCUCCUGCCCGCCGACCUCGCCUACUCCUGCCUGGAGCGCUCGCUGUAGAGAUCUCUCAACUGUGUUUUCGGAAGUGCCCUUCCCGACUGCUCUGUUGUCCCUGGGACGGGGGCAGCGUCGAAGCUCACGACAAGUGCCUUCACACAGACUCUCCCCUCGCAACGGUCCGCGUCUGCCGUGGACUCCAGGCUGCUGCCCACCUGCCGGCCCCGGCCCCCCUCCUCGUGAAAGUGCAUUUUUGUAAAUAUGUACAUAUUAAAUGAAUCACUCUGUAUAUUUGAUUUAAUAACUUAAA